CAAAGAAUGCGGCCCGCCCCGAGGCUGACGUGCCGCGCUACCGGUCAGAUCUUAAAAGGCCGGGCAGUGCGUGUGGCAUCCCGAUAGAGCAGGAGAGGAGCAAGUGGCAGUGCUGGGUGGCGGGAGCGUGGCUGUCACCGCGCUGGAGCAUCCCUGAGCUUCUGAGCAGAGCCGAUCAGCCAGCCAGCCAGCAGUGCGCGCAGCCGCAAGCCCGCGCGGAUCUCCUCACCCGUCUCGUGUCUCCGCUCAGGCGAUCCUCCGAGACUUCGCACAAAGCACGUUUCCAAAGCCGCGCAAGGGAGCGCCCAGCCGCGUGCAGGCGGACGCACCCUUCCUGUCCUUUGUUCCGGGGGGAAUCUGCAACUGCUCUUCUCCCCAAGUCGGAGCCUCCUGGGGUGGCGGGUCGCCGAGUGCAGCUACGAAAAUGCCUUUGGAACUGACCCAGAGCCGGGUGCAGAAGAUCUGGGUGCCUGUCGAUCAUCGACCCUCGUUGCCCAGAACAUGUGGGCCGAAGCUGACCAACUCCCCAACAGUGAUUGUAAUGGUGGGCCUCCCGGCCCGGGGUAAGACUUACAUCUCCAAGAAGCUGACUCGCUACCUCAACUGGAUAGGUGUUCCAACGAAAGUGUUCAAUGUGGGAGAGUACCGCCGUGAAGCCGUGAAGCAGUACAGCUCUUACAAUUUCUUCCGCCCUGACAAUGAGGAAGCCAUGAGAGUCCGAAAACAGUGUGCCUUAGCUGCCCUGAGAGACGUUAAGAGUUACCUGACAAAGGAAGGAGGACAGAUUGCCGUUUUUGAUGCCACCAACACUACUAGAGAGAGGAGACACAUGAUCCUUCAUUUCGCCAAAGAAAAUGACUUCAAGGCAUUUUUCAUUGAGUCUAUAUGUGAUGACCCUACUGUUGUGGCCUCCAACAUCAUGGAAGUUAAAAUCUCCAGCCCGGAUUACAAAGACUGCAACUCGGCAGAAGCCAUGGACGACUUCAUGAAGAGAAUCAGUUGCUAUGAAGCCAGCUACCAGCCUCUUGACCCUGAUAAAUGUGACAGGGACUUGUCGUUCAUCAAAGUGAUUGAUGUGGGCCGGAGGUUUUUGGUGAACAGAGUGCAGGACCACAUCCAGAGCCGAAUUGUGUACUACCUGAUGAAUAUCCACGUGCAGCCCCGGACCAUCUACCUGUGUCGGCAUGGCGAGAAUGAGUUCAACCUGCAGGGCAAGAUUGGGGGCGACUCGGGCCUGUCCAGCAGAGGCAAGAAGUUCGCCAAUGCCCUGAGCAAGUUCGUGGAGGAACAGAAUCUGAAGGACCUCCGUGUGUGGACAAGCCAGCUGAAAAGUACUAUCCAGACCGCGGAGGCGCUGAGGCUCCCCUAUGAGCAGUGGAAAGCACUCAACGAAAUCGAUGCUGGUGUAUGUGAGGAACUAACCUAUGAGGAGAUCAGAGACACCUACCCUGAGGAGUACGCACUGCGUGAACAGGACAAAUACUACUACCGAUAUCCCACGGGCGAGUCCUACCAGGACCUUGUCCAGCGCCUGGAGCCUGUGAUCAUGGAAUUAGAACGCCAAGAGAAUGUGUUGGUCAUCUGUCAUCAGGCUGUCCUACGCUGCCUACUAGCCUACUUCCUCGACAAGAGUGCAGAGGAGAUGCCAUACCUGAAGUGUCCCCUUCACACCGUCCUGAAACUGACACCUGUGGCCUAUGGGUGCCGUGUGGAGUCCAUCUACUUGAAUGUGGAAUCAGUGAGCACACACCGGGAGAAAUCAGAGGCGGUCAAAACACACCACUAUGCCAGUGUAGUCAGACCUUCCUCUUACAUCGAACUUGACUUUCUGUCUGUGGAGUGCGCAAAACAGGAUGCAAAGAAGGGACCUAACCCGCUCAUGAGACGCAAUAGUGUCACCCCACUAGCCAGCCCCGAGCCCACCAAAAAGCCUCGCAUCAACAGCUUUGAGGAGCAUGUGGCUUCCACUUCUGCUGCCCUGCCCAGCUGCCUGCCCCCGGAAGUGCCCACGCAGAUGCCCGGACAAAACAUGAAGAGCCCCCAGAGUGGCGCUGACCUUUCCCAGAGGCAAUGAAGCUGAAGUAUGGGUUCCAUUCCGUUUCUACAGCCUCCUUGGGCCCGCUCAUCUACCUGAGUCCAAGUGAUCCCAAGGACUUCUGGACUGCGGGAGAAUGGUGGUCUGCUGGUUAAAAAGUAGGAGCACCCCCUGAGAUGCUGGGGUGCCAAAGACAACUAGGAAGUUGUACAGAUCCCAGCUUCCCAUGGCAAAGCUGCAGACCUCCCCACACUUUGUUCUCCUGGGACUUCCAGGGUGUCUGACCUCACAGACUCUUCUGAAGCAUGAGGAGGACCACAGUUCUAGAAGAGAUAACAUCAGGCCCCUAAGUGGGGGUACCGAAUGGCACCAUGCUGUUUUGUUUUGUUUCUCUGGAUCCUGGCCUGGCAUGCUGAUAGCUGGGAGACGAGACUGGCAGAGAAUCCUGAAAUCCAGAGUGAGUUAGACCCCCGUUGCCAGAGGCUCAGGGAUGUUCAAACACUCACGUGGCUUUUAUACAUCUUGGCCUGGGAAGAGGCCUCAAAGAUAAGGGACUUGGACACAUGCUGCCCUGGGUCUGGCAGUUCUCCUUCUGAGGAGUUCCUGAGCUGAGGCUCACUGGUCAGCUGAGCAAUGACAUGCCCUGGCUCCUCCACAUGUCCACAUGCCUUCUAGGUCUCGGGAUUGCAUCAGUGGAAGGAAGCAUUUUGCCGGA